AUGAAGCCGACUCUUGAAGCGUUGCGGGAUUUGUACCUAAAUUCCUUUGAUACAGCACUGUGCAUUAUUCCUCCAACCCAUCUUGCGCAAGAUAUAAAUCGCUUGCGAGAAUUAUACGACAAAGCAUAUGAGAAAUGGCCACCGCAUGUUAAUCUCAUCUACCCUUUUGUGGACCCUGAAUCUUUACCUCAGGCCGCGGAGUUCAUACGUUCGACCUUAGCACAGAAUUGUACCGAACCAUUUCAAUUCUCUCUGGAUAAGGCGGGCUUCUUUACACACAAAAAUUACCAUACAGUUUAUACAGCAUGUAGCGGAAAGUGUCGUGAAGAAAUCGAAGCCAUUCGCCGGCAUAUUUUGUCUGCUCUUGGUCAACCGGAUACUCAUUUUGAGCCACAUUUGACUAUUGGCCAAAGCGAGGCAAAUGAUGGCUCUGGUACCGAUUAUCUUAUCUCUAAGGUCAACUUACUUCCUCCGGUGGAAUGGCAGGUAUCCGAGAUUUUUAUUCUGAGACGCGAAAAGUCGACCACAUUUAGCUCCACAUUCAACCAUAUGAGGGUCUGGGGAUCCCUCAGACUUAAUGGCGGCUGUAUACUGGCGGUUCCAAGCACAACACCUUUCAUGAAAAACAUUGAUCAUACGUCGAAUUCGAGUCAACUCAAGGCUUCUUACCAAUUUUUUCCCGGGAGCCCUGACUAUUUAGAGCCACAAUGGAGGCUUGCUCGGCAGACCACUUCCCCCGGUGAAGCGAGAGUGACUCGACUCUCAUUUAAAGUAUCUUCCUACAAUGUACUGGUCGAUUCGGCUCAUCCAUUAUCAACUGAACGUCACCCUGUCCUCCUGGAGAACUUGCUGGAGAGUUCCAGUACAGCUGAUAUUCUGCUCCUACAAGAAGUCUCAGAUAAUAUGCUCAGUUUCCUGUUGCAGGAUGACAGUAUACGAUCUCAAUACCCCUUUUGCAGUCAUGGCCCACCUCGGCAACGUGAUAUCGCGCCUCUGCCAAGUUUUCGUAAUAUUGUCGUUCUGAGUCGCUGGAGAUUUCAAUGGGAGUGGCUCAAAUUUGAGAAGCCACAUAAAGGGAGCGUGGUGCUCCAAGUACAAGACAUAGGGACAUUUCAAGGCACCGAAUUUCUGCCUCUAAUAGUGGCCGGAGUUCAUCUGACCUGUGGACUCACUGAUGCGUCCAUCUCUGCAAAGCAAGCUCAAGUCAGAACAGUCAUCGGCCAUUUACGGAGUUCCUACCCAGAAAAUAACUGGAUCAUUGCAGGAGAUUUCAACAUACCUUCUUCGUCGUACACAAUCGAUGCUGCUCUGAAAAGGAAAGCAAUAACAGCAAGAGGUGUUGCAAUCCUAUCAUCUUUGGAUACACUGUUUGCAGAGUCGAAACUUACAGAUUGUUAUUUCGGAAGUCGAGCUACUGGAUCCUAUCCAGUAGCAGGGCUCGUGCAUUCCACCGAUAAAUUGCGCAGUGUAUAUGAGGGCGAAGAGGGUGCUACGUACGACCCGUUAGAAAACAGUCUUGCAGCAGAAAAUUCCGAGAAAAGCUUUCACUGUCGCCCGCAAAGAUAUGAUCGUAUACUUAUAAAAGGUGACGGAUUUCAGGCAACGGGAUUUAAUCUGUUUGGGCUUCCGAAUGAAGAGAGAGGGUAUAGCCUAGGGAGCGAUCACUGGGGGAUUCGUGCAACGUUGAACCUGGAUGAUUCCUCUGUGAAGAACACGUCGAGCGAGAACAAUGUAGCCAUUAACGUCAUAAAGGCUCCCACUUCCCUAACGAUUGACGUACAGUUCAAGACUCUACUCUAUGGUUUGAAUAUGAUUCCUUCCGAAGAAGAGUUUGCUCAUCGUCACCAGAUGUUCAAGCUGAUAGAGAGCGCAGUUCAUCAACGAGUUUUCGACGCCACCGUUGAAACUAGACUGAAUAUCUCUUUUGUCGUGGUGCCCGUUGGCUCCUACGGAUUGGGUGUAUGGGAUACCUCCUCCGACAUAGAUUGUCUUGUUAUUGGGACGAUAAGCCCUCGUACCUUCAUGGCCCUGAUGGUUCAGAAGCUACGACGACCAGAGUGGCAAGAGAUUCAUAUUCUUAGGAAAAUCAAAGCGGCUUCUGGCACAAUGUUGGAACUACAAGCUGGGGGUGUUGGCUUCGAUUUACAAUACUGUGCCGCAACUAGUGUAGCAGAAAGUUGGCCGAAAGCAUUGGAACUUCCUUCCUCUGAUUCAACUUUUGACCUACCUAUGCAGUCCUUGCUCAAGCUGAACGCCGUCCGAGAUCUUGAGUAUCUCCAACGUACCAUUCCUGAUCUUGCCACCUUCCGCAAAGCGUAUCGAUUUAUCAAAGCAUGGGCGAAAUGCCGCGGUAUCUAUUCAUCAAAACUCGGCUAUUUGGGCGGUAUUCAUAUUACCCUCCUUCUCGCUCUCGUUUGUAAGCUGUCUUUUCGAGAGUCUGGGGCGACUCACGAGUCAGAUAUCCUCUGCACCUUCUUCUCUUAUUAUGCACAUUUCGAUUGGAAGAAUGAUCUGGUAUACGACACCACAUACUACACAGUCGAACCAAAGUAUCAUCGAUCAUCUAGGGAGCCGUUGGUGAUUUUGAGUAUCCACCCCCCCAAAGUCAAUGUUGCCCAUGCCUCAACAGUGCCCUCGGUCAAGACACUCGAAGAAGAAUUCGAUCGUGCAAACCGAUUGAUUUCUAAGGCAGGUGUUAGUUGGGAGGAUAUUGCGGGACAAACAGGUAUUUAUCAAUUCUUGAAUGCCUAUCCUAGCUAUAUCAAGGUAGAUGUCCAAUACUGGGCGAAAGCCGUAGCAAAAGGACGUGCGCUCUUUGGCUGGUUGGAAUUCCGUUGUGUUUCCCUUCUUGUCGAUAUCAACCGGCGGUUUGCUAACGUUCAUGCCCGCAUUUGGCCUGCUCGAUUCACCAACAUGAAAGAAGAAGAUACUGAAGACAUGGAGGAAUAUCAGGGUUGUUUUCUGAUCGGUCUGGCAAGGAACGAGCAACCGUCAACAGAAUCUGCGACCGAGUCAGACCGGAAAUCUGCACAUGUUUCGCUUCUUUCUCUACUUAAAAAGUUUGCAGAACAGAUUCGAGCUGAUGAAACUUAUUUUGAUCAGUCUUGUUCUUGGGUUGAUGUCUCACUUGCUAAAGCGAGUGAUCUCCAAGCUCUUCGCGUUGACAAGUCACAUUGGUCAUAUACAGAUGCAACUCAAGCCGAAGAUUUCGACUCGGAUGAUGACGUUGAAGAGUUUUAUGAUUCAUUUUCUGUAAAUCACACUGCAGAAAAUACAGGAUUAAUAGAACAGACCAACCCACAAGUACGAUCUUCUCGGUCUGCUCUGGGCGUGCAGGUAGUCGAAGGACCUAGACUCCGCCCAGCUGUCGAUGUUCUGAAUCGGCUUCGUUGGGACGCGUCAUUCGAUUCCGCUGAUUAUGUGGUUGGAUAUAUUGACCGUUUUAUCGGGGAGAAGGAGAUACCUAUUGACCGCUGGAAGUCUGAACAGACCCACGAGGAGUUUAUUCCAAUGCAUCGGGUCCUGUACUUUAAACGAAAGAGCGAUGGCGAGCGUGUCUGGGACCGGGAGAAGAGGAUCGAUCUUAUAUUCAAUACUGGAGCGGCAUAUAACAGCGUAUAAUGAAUAUCGGCGCAUCCCGAAUUCUGCAGCAAAGGCACAACAAAUUGCUUUUCUUU